AUGCACCGCACGCUCAUACGCUGCACCGCACGCUCAUACGCUGCACCGCGCGCUCAUACGCUGCACCGCGCGCUCAUACGCUGCAUCGCCCACUCAUACGCUGCACCGCCCGCUCUUACGCUGCACCGCCCGCUCAUACGCUGCACCGCCCGCUCAUACGCUGCACCGCACGCUCAUACGCUGCACCGCCCGCUCAUACGCUGCACCGCCCGCUCAUACGCUGCACCGCACGCUCAUACGCUGCACCGCCCGCUCAUAUGCUGCACCGCCCGCUCAUACGCUGCACCACCCGCUCAUACGCUGCACCGAACGCUCAUACGCUGCACCGAACGCUCAUACGCUGCACUGCCCGCUCAUACGCUGCACCGCCCGCUCAUACGCUGCACCGCACGCUCAUACGCUGCACCGCACGCUCAUACGCUGCACCGCCCGCUCAUACGCUGCACCGCCCGCUCAUACGCUGCACCGCCCGCUCAUACGCUGCACCGCCCGCUCAUACGCUGCACCGCCCGCUCAUACGCUGCACCGCACGCUCAUACGCUGCACCGCCCGCUCAUACGCUGCACCGCACGCUCAUACGCUGCACCGCACGCUCAUGCGCUGCACCCGCUGCACCGCACGCUCAUACGCUGCACCGCCGGCUCAUACCCUGCACCGCCCGCUCAUACGCUGCACCGCCCGCUCAUACGCUGCACCGCCCGGUCAUACGCUACACCACCCGCUCAUACGCUGCACCGCCCGCUCAUACGCUGCACCACCCGCUCAUACGCAGCACCGCCCGCUCAUACGCUGCACCGCCCGCUCAUACGCUGCACCGCCCGCUCAUACGCUGCACCGCCCGCUCAUACGCUGCACCGCCCGCUCAUACGCUGCACCGCCCGCUCAUACGCUGCACCGCACGCUCAUACGCUGCACCGCCCGCUCAUACGCUGCACCGCACGGUCAUACGCUGCACCGCACGCUCAUGCGCUGCACCCGCUGCACCGCACGCUCAUACGCUGCACCGCCGGCUCAUACCCUGCACCGCACGCUCAUACGCUGCACCGCCCGCUCAUACGCUGCACCGCCCGCUCAUACGCUGCACCGCCCGCUCUUACGCUGCACCGCCCGCUCUUACGCUGCACCGCCCGCUCAUACGCUGCACCGCCCACUCUUACGCUGCACCGCACGCUCAUACGCUGCACCGCCCGCUCAUACGCUGCACCGCCCGCUCAUACGCUGCACCGCCCGCUCUUACACUGCACCGCCCGCUCAUACGCUGCACCGCCCGCUCAUACGCUGCACCGCCCGGUCAUACGCUACACCAACCGCUCAUACGCUGCACCGCCCGCUCAUACGCUGCACCACCCGCUCAUACCCAGCACCGCCCGCUCAUACGCUGCACCGCCCGCUCAUACGCUGCACCGCCCGCUCAUACAGUGCACCGCCCGCUCAUACGCUGCACCGCCCGCUCAUACGCAGCACCGCCCGCUCAUACGCUGCACCGCCCGCUCAUACGCAGCACCGCACGCUCAUACGCUGCACCGCCCGCUCAUACGCUGCACCGCACGCUCAUACGCUGCACCGCCAGCUCAUACGCUGCACCGCACGCUCAUACCCUGCACCGCACGCUCAUACGCUGCACCGCCCGCUCAUACGCUGCACCGCCCGCUCUUACGCUGCACCGCCCGCUCAUACGCUGCACCGCCCGCUCUUACACUGCACCGCCCGCUCAUACGCUGCACCGCCCGCUCAUACGCUGCACCGCCCGGUCAUACGCUACACCAACCGCUCAUACGCUGCACCGCCCGCUCAUACGCUGCACCACCCGCUCAUACCCAGCACCGCCCGCUCAUACGCUGCACCGCCCGCUCAUACGCUGCACCGCCCGCUCAUACAGUGCACCGCCCGCUCAUACGCUGCACCGCCCGCUCAUACGCAGCACCGCCCGCUCAUACGCUGCACCGCCCGCUCAUACGCAGCACCGCACGCUCAUACGCUGCACCGCCCGCUCAUACGCUGCACCGCACGCUCAUACGCUGCACCGCCAGCUCAUACGCUGCACCGCACGCUCAUACCCUGCACCGCACGCUCAUACGCUGCACCGCCCGCUCAUACGCUGCACCGCCCGCUCUUACGCUGCACCGCCCGCUCAUACGCUGCACCGCCCGCUCAUACGCUGCACCGCACGCUCAUACGCUGCACCGCCCGCUCAUACGCUGCACCGCCCGCUCAUACGCUGCACCGCACGCUCAUACGCUGCACCGCCCGCUCAUACGCUGCACCGCACGCUCAUACGCUGCACCGCCCGCUCAUACGCUGCACCGCCCGCUCAUACGCUGCACCGCCCGCUCAUACGCUGCACCGCCCGCUCAUACGCUGCACCGCACGCUCAUACGCUGCACCGCCCGCUCAUACGCUGCACCGCACGCUCAUACGCUGCACCGCACGCUCAUGCGCUGCACCCGCUGCACCGCACGCUCAUACGCUGCACCGCCGGCUCAUACCCUGCACCGCCCGCUCAUACGCUGCACCGCCCGCUCAUACGCUGCACCGCCCGGUCAUACGCUACACCACCCGCUCAUACGCUGCACCGCCCGCUCAUACGCUGCACCACCCGCUCAUACGCAGCACCGCCCGCUCAUACGCUGCACCGCCCGCUCAUACGCUGCACCGCCCGCUCAUACGCUGCACCGCCCGCUCAUACGCUGCACCGCCCGCUCAUACGCUGCACCGCCCGCUCAUACGCUGCACCGCACGCUCAUACGCUGCACCGCCCGCUCAUACGCUGCACCGCACGGUCAUACGCUGCACCGCACGCUCAUGCGCUGCACCCGCUGCACCGCACGCUCAUACGCUGCACCGCCGGCUCAUACCCUGCACCGCACGCUCAUACGCUGCACCGCCCGCUCAUACGCUGCACCGCCCGCUCAUACGCUGCACCGCCCGCUCUUACGCUGCACCGCCCGCUCUUACGCUGCACCGCCCGCUCAUACGCUGCACCGCCCACUCUUACGCUGCACCGCACGCUCAUACGCUGCACCGCCCGCUCAUACGCUGCACCGCCCGCUCAUACGCUGCACCGCCCGCUCUUACACUGCACCGCCCGCUCAUACGCUGCACCGCCCGCUCAUACGCUGCACCGCCCGGUCAUACGCUACACCAACCGCUCAUACGCUGCACCGCCCGCUCAUACGCUGCACCACCCGCUCAUACCCAGCACCGCCCGCUCAUACGCUGCACCGCCCGCUCAUACGCUGCACCGCCCGCUCAUACAGUGCACCGCCCGCUCAUACGCUGCACCGCCCGCUCAUACGCAGCACCGCCCGCUCAUACGCUGCACCGCCCGCUCAUACGCAGCACCGCACGCUCAUACGCUGCACCGCCCGCUCAUACGCUGCACCGCACGCUCAUACGCUGCACCGCCAGCUCAUACGCUGCACCGCACGCUCAUACCCUGCACCGCACGCUCAUACGCUGCACCGCCCGCUCAUACGCUGCACCGCCCGCUCUUACGCUGCACCGCCCGCUCAUACGCUGCACCGCCCGCUCAUACGCUGCACCGCACGCUCAUACGCUGCACCGCACGCUCAUACGCUGCACCGCCCGCUCAUACGCUGCACCGCACGCUCAUACGCUGCACCGCCCGCUCAUACGCUGCACCGCCCGCUCAUACGCUGCACCGCCCGCUCAUACGCUGCACCGCCCGCUCCUACGCUGCACCGCCCGCUCAUACGCUGCACCGCCCGCUCAUACGCUGCACCGCCCGCUCAUACGCUGCACCGCCCGCUCAUACGCAGCACCGCCCGCUCAUACGCUGCACCGCCCGCUCAUACGCUGCACCGCCCGCUCAUACGCAGCACCGCACGCUCAUACGCUGCACCGCCCGCUCAUACGCUGCACCGCACGCUCAUACGCUGCACCGCCCGCUCAUACGCUGCACCGCACGCUCAUACCCUGCACCGCACGCUCAUACGCUGCACCGCCCGCUCAUACGCUGCACCGCCCGCUCUUACGCUGCACCGCCCGCUCAUACGCUGCACCGCCCGCUCAUACGCUGCACCGCCCGCUCAUACGCAGCACCGCCCGCUCAUACGCUGCACCGCACGCUCAUACGCUGCACCGCCCGCUCUUACGCUGCACCGCCCGCUCUUACGCUGCACCGCGCGCUCAUACGCUGCACCGCCCGCUCAUACGCUGCACCUCCCGCUCAUACGCUGCACCGCCCGCUCAUACGCUGCACCGCUCGCUCAUACGCUGCACCGCCCGAUUCUACGCUGCACCGCCCGCUCAUACGCUGCACCGCCCGCUCCUACGCUGCACCGCGCGCUCAUACGCUGCACCGCCCGCUCAUACGCUGCACCGCCCGCUCAUACGCUGCACCGCCCGCUCAUACGCAGCACCGCCCGCUCAUACGCUGCACCGCCCGCUCAUACGCUGCACCUCCCGCUCAUACGCUGCACCGCUAGCUCAUACGCUGCACCGCUCGCUCAUACGCUGCACCGCCAGCUCUUACGCUGCACCGCCCGCUCAUACGCUGCACCGCCCGCUGAUACGCUGCACCGCCCGCUCUUACGCUGCACCGCCCGGUCAUACGCUGCACCGCCCGCUCAUACGCUGCACCGCCCGGUCAUACGCUGCACCGCCCGCUCAUACGCUGCACCGCUCGCUCAUACGCUGCACCGCCCGCUCAUACGCUGCACCGCCCGCUCAUACGCUGCACCGCCCGCUCAUACGCUGCACCGCCCGCUCAUACGCUGCACCGCCCGCUCAUACACUGUACCGCCCGCUCAUACGCUGCACCGCCCGCUCAUACGCGGCACCGCACGCUCAUACGCUGCACCGCACGCUCAUGCGCUGCACCCGCUGCACCGCACGCUCAUACGCUGCACCGCCGGCUCAUACCCUGCACCGCACGCUCAUACGCUGCACCGCCCGCUCAUACGCUGCACCGCCCGCUCAUACGCUGCACCGCCCGCUCAUACGCUGCACCGCACGCUCAUACGCUGCAACCGCACGCUCAUACGCUGCACCGCCAGCUCAUACGCUGCACCGCCCGCUCAUACCCUGCACCGCACGCUCAUACGCUGCACCGCCCGCUCAUACGCUGCACCGCCCGCUCAUACGCUGCACCGCCCGCUCAUACGCUGCACCGCACGCUCAUACGCUGCACCGCCCGCUCAUACGCUGCACCGCCCGCUCAUACGCUGCACCGCCCGCUCAUACGCUGCACCGCCCGCUCAUACGCUGCACCGCCCGCUCCUACGCUGCACCGCCCGCUCAUACGCUGCACCGCACGCUCAUACGCUGCACCGCCCGCUCAUACGCUGCACCGCCCGCUCAUACGCUGCACCGCCCGCUCAUACGCUGCACCGCCCGCUCAUACGCUGCACUGCCCGCUCAUACGCUGCACCGCCCGCUCAUACGCUGCACCGCCCGCUCAUACGCUGCACCGCCCGCUCAUACGCUGAACCGCCCGCUCAUACGCUGCACCGCCCGCUCAUACGCUGCACCGCCCGCUCAUACGCUGCACCGCCCGCUCAUACGCUGCACCGCCCGCUCAUACGCUGCACCGCACGCUCAUACGCUGCACCGCACGCUCAUACGCUGCACCGCACGCUCAUGCGCUGCACCCGCUGCACCGCACGCUCAUACGCUGCACCGCCCGCUCAUACCCUGCACCGCCCGCUCAUACGCUGCACCGCUCGCUCAUACGCUGCACCGCCCGCUCUUACGCUGCACCGCCCGCUCUUACGCUGCACCGCCCGCUCAUACGCUGCACCGCCCACUCUUACGCUGCACCGCCCACUCUUACGCUGCACCGCACGCUCAUACGCUGCACCGCCCGCUCAUACGCUGCACCGCCCGCUCAUACGCUGCACCGCCCGCUCUUACACUGCACCGCCCGCUCAAACGCUGCACCGCCCGCUCAUACGCAGCACCGCCCGCUCAUACGCUGCACCGCCCGCUCAUACGCAGCACCGCACGCUCAUACGCUGCACCGCCCGCUCAUACGCUGCACCGAACGCUCAUACGCUGCACCGCCAGCUCAUACGCUGCACCGCAAGCUCAUACCCUGCACCGCACGCUCAUACGCUGCACCGCCCGCUCAUACGCUGCACCGCCCGCUCUUACGCUGCACCGCCCGCUCAUACGCUGCACCGCCCGCUCAUACGCUGCACCGCCGCUCAUACGCUGCACCGUACGCUCAUACGCUGCACCGCCCGCUCAUACGCUGCACCACCCACUCAUACGCUGCACCGCCCGCUCAUACGCUGCACCGCCCGCUCAUACGCUGCACCGCCCGCUCAUACGCUGCACCGCCCGCUCAUACACUGCACCGCACGCUCAUACGCUGCACCGCCCGCUCAUACGCUGCACCGCCCGCUCAUACGCUGCACCGCCCGCUCCUACGCUGCACCACCCGCUCCUACGCUGCACCGCCCGCUCAUACGCUGCACCGCCAGCUCAUACGCUGCACCGCCCGCUCAUACGCUGCACCGCCCGCUCAUACGCAGCACCGCCCGCUCAUACGCUGCACCGCCCGCUCAUACGCUGCACCGCCCGCUCAUACGCAGCACCGCACGCUCAUACACUGCACCGCCCGCUCAUACGCUGCACCGCACGCACAUACGCUGCACCGCCCGCUCAUACGCUGCACCGCACGCUCAUACGCUGCACCGCACGCUCAUACGCUGCACCGCCCGCUCAUACGCUGCACCGCCCGCUCAUACGCUGCACCGCCCGCUCAUACGCUGCACCGCCCGCUCAUACGCAGCACCGCCCGCUCAUACGCUGCACCGCCCGCUCAUACGCUGCACCGCACGCUCAUACGCUGCACCGCACGCUCAUACGCUGCACCGCCCGCUCAUACGCUGCACCGCACGCUCAUACGCUGCACCGCCCGCUCAUACCCUGCACCGCACGCUCAUACGCUGCACCGCCCGCUCAUACGCUGCACCGCCCGCUCUUACGCUGCACCGCCUGCUCAUACGCUGCACCGCCCGCUCAUAUGCUGCACCGCCCGCUCAUACGCUGCACCGCCCGCUCAUACGCUGCACCGCCCGCUCAUACGCUGCACCGCACGCUCAUACGCUGCACCGCACGCUCAUACGCUGCACCGCCCGCUCAUACGCUGCACCGCCCGCUCAUACGCUGCACCGCCCGCUCAUACGCUGCACCGCACGCUCAUACGCUGCACCGCACGCUCAUACGCUGCACCGCCAGCUCAUACGCUGCACCGCCCGCUCAUACCCUGCACCGCACGCUCAUACGCUGCACCGCCCGCUCAUACGCUGCACCGCCCGCUCAUACGCUGUACCGCCCGCUUCAUACGCUGCACCGCACGCUCAUACGCUGCACCGCCCGCUCAUACGCUGCACCGCACGCUCAUACGCUGCACCGCCCGCUCAUACCCUGCACCGCACGCUCAUACGCUGCACCGCCCGCUCAUACGCUGCACCGCCCGCUCAUACGCUGCACCGCCCGCUCAUACGCUGCAACCGCCCUCUCAUACGCUGCACCGCCCGCUCAUACGCUGCACCGCCCGCUCAUACCGCUGCACCGCCCGCUCAUACGCUGCACCGCCCGCUCAUACGCUGCACGCCCCGCUCAUACGCUGCACCGCCCGCUCAUACGCUGCACUGCCCGCCUCAUACGCUGCACCGCCCGCUCAUACGCUGCACCGCCCGCUCAUACGCUGCACCGGCCCGCUCAUACGCUGCACCGCCCGCUCAUACGCUGCACCGCCCGCUCAUACGCUGCACCGCCCGCUCAUACGCUGCACCGAACCGCUCAUACGCUGCACCGAACGCUCAUACGCUGCACCGACCGCUCAUACGCUGCACCGCCCCGCUCAUACGCUGCACCGCACGCUCAUACGCUGCACCGCACCGCUCAUACGCUGCACCGCCCGCUCAUACGCUGCACCGCCCGCUCAUACGCUGCACCGCACGCUCUACGCUGCACCGCACGCUCAUACGCUGCACCGCCCGCUCAUACGCUGCACCGCCCGCUCAUACGCUGCACCGCCCGCUCAUACGCAGCACCGCACGCUCAUACGCUGCACCGCCCGCUCAUACGCUGCACCGCACGCUCAUACGCUGCACCGCCCGCUCAUACGCUGCACCGCACGCUCAUACCCUGCACCGCACGCUCAUUACGCUGCACCGCCCGCUCAUACGCUGCACCGCCCGCUCUUACGCUGCACCGCCCGCUCUUACGCUGCACCGCCCCGCUCAUACGCUGCACCGCCCGCUCAUACGCUGCACCGCACGCUCAUACGCUGCACCGCCCGCUCAUACGCUGCACCGCCCGCUCAUACGCUGCACCGCACGCUCAUACGCUGCACCGCACGCUCAUACGCUGCACUCGCACGCUCAUACGCUGCACCGCACGCUCAUACGCUGCACCGCCCGCUCAUACGCUGCCACCGCCCGCUCAUACGCUGCACCGCCCCGCUCAUACGCAGCACCGCCCGCUCAUACGCAGCACCGCCCGCUCCUACGCUGCACCGCCCGCUCCUACGCUGCACCGCCCGCUCAUACGCUGCACCGCCCGCUCAUACGCUGCACCGCCCGCUCAUACGCUGCACCGCCCGCUCAUACGCAGCACCGCCCGCUCAUACGCUGCACCGCCCGCUCAUACGCUGCACCGCCCGCUCAUACGCAGCACCGCACGCUCAUACGCUGCACCGCCCGCUCAUACGCUGCACCGCACGCUCAUACGCUGCACCGCCCGCUCAUACGCUGCACCGCACGCUCAAUACCCUGCACCGCCCGCUCAUAA